CUCAGCAGAUCCCCAGAUCAGAUCCAGCCUAGUCUCUUCUAGCGAGGGUGUCAUGCUCGUGCUCCAUGAGCGCUUCCCCGGCGAGUGUAGCAUCUGUCCAUGAGACAUCCACCCCGAGUAGGUUGGUAAUGCAUGCAAAGCCGUACUACCCCAGAUCGGACAAGAGGGGAGAGAGAUCGUGACAAUGAAUGAUGAUGAUAAUGAUUUGAAAAAAUUUAAUCAUUUUCUGUUGGAAUCCGAUCGAUCGGCGUAUCGAUAAGAUCUGACAUCACUGCGAGCGCGGGGGGGGGCGGGGGCGUCAAUAUGAGAGUCACCGGCAUAGAUAUACAUAUAUAAAGAGUGUGGUAUUGACAACUGACAGCAUCUGCGUAGAUCGUUCUUCAGAUCGUUUCAUUCAAGCAUCACAUACUUUGACAACAUGCCUCAGGAAGCUGCUGGAAUCUCAGAGGGAGACAAGGUCUCCUGGAACUGGGGCAGUGGACAACCCAGUGGAACCGUCGGCGAAAUCAAGACGUCUGGCAAAGCCGAGGUGACUUCCAAUAAGGGAAACACCAUCGCCAAGAACGCUUCGAAAGAGGAUCCAGCGGUCGUCAUUGAGCGAAGCGGAAACGACGUCGUCAAGAGAGCUUCGGAGCUCAAUGAAUCGGAUGUCUGAGACGAAGGAGGAGCGUCAAGCAAAGGCACUUUGAAAUGCGGCCAUACACGACGCCGCCCUUGUUUUAUGCGUCAAUUACGGACGAAUGUAUAAAGUAUACACUGG